AGGGGGAAAGCCCCGGAUGUUCGUUGGGGAUUCAACAUGGCGGCGGUAGUAGCCGCGGUGGCGGCGGCGCAAGAGAGCUGAAGGCGGCGUAAGGGCGCGGAGUUCCGGGCCGAGCAGCCAGGCCGCCUGCGACGGUGGCGCCGAGCCGAUGAGUCAUCCGAAGCCCCGAGAAGGCACAUCACCUGCCCUUGGGCAAUUCUAGCCCAGCCACCCUCAAACCAGGUGCCCUGGUAGAGGAGCCUGAAGCCGCGGCGCCAUGUUUGGGAAGAGGAAGAAGCGGGUGGAGAUCUCGGCGCCAUCCAACUUCGAGCACCGCGUCCACACGGGCUUCGACCAGCAGGAGCAGAAGUUCACGGGGCUGCCCCGCCAGUGGCAGAGCCUGAUCGAGGAGUCGGCCCGCCGGCCCAAGCCCCUCAUCGACCCUGCCUGCAUCACCUCCAUCCAGCCCGGGGCCCCCAAGGUACAUCGCCGCCUGCCGCCGCCUCCCCGACCCCCACAUCCCGGCGCAGUACUGGCCUCCCCACCCCCACCCACUUCCCUGCUUCCCCACCCAAAGCCCUUACUGGUCCACUGGCCUCCAGGCUCUGUAAUCCUGUCCCCAGUGCCAGUCACCCAACUGCCAGCCUGCCCAGAGCCCCUUGGCAGUGCGGGGACAGGCCUGCUCCCAGGCAGUGACCAGCACCAAGUGGUCUGGGCUGGGAUAGGGCGCACAGAGGAGGCCCGGACCCAGUCACCCCAGCGGGAGCCACAGCGAGUGUCCCAUGAGCAGUUCCGGGCCGCCCUUCAGCUGGUAGUGGACCCCGGGGACCCCCGCUCCUACCUGGACAACUUCAUCAAGAUCGGGGAGGGCUCCACGGGCAUCGUGUGCAUCGCCACGGUGCGCAGCUCCGGCAAGCUGGUGGCCGUCAAGAAGAUGGACCUGCGUAAGCAGCAGAGGCGCGAGCUCCUGUUCAACGAGGUGGUGAUCAUGCGGGACUACCAGCACGAGAACGUGGUGGAGAUGUACAACAGCUACCUGGUGGGCGACGAGCUCUGGGUGGUCAUGGAGUUCCUGGAGGGCGGCGCCCUCACCGACAUCGUCACCCACACCAGGAUGAACGAGGAGCAGAUCGCAGCCGUGUGCCUGGCCGUGCUGCAGGCCCUGUCUGUGCUCCACGCCCAGGGCGUCAUCCACCGGGACAUCAAGAGUGACUCGAUUCUGCUGACCCACGAUGGCAGGGUGAAGCUGUCAGACUUCGGGUUCUGCGCCCAGGUGAGCAAGGAGGUGCCCCGGAGGAAGUCGCUGGUGGGCACGCCCUACUGGAUGGCCCCGGAGCUCAUCUCCCGCCUUCCCUACGGGCCAGAGGUGGACAUCUGGUCACUGGGGGUCAUGGUGAUUGAGAUGGUGGACGGGGAGCCCCCCUACUUCAACGAGCCACCCCUCAAAGCCAUGAAGAUGAUUCGGGACAACCUGCCGCCGCGACUGAAGAACCUGCACAAGGUGUCGCCGUCCCUGAAGGGCUUCCUGGACCGCCUGCUGGUGCGCGACCCGGCCCAGAGGGCCACGGCGGCCGAGCUGCUGAAGCACCCGUUCCUGACCAAGGCCGGGCCACCCGCCAGCAUCGUGCCCCUCAUGCGCCAGAACCGCACCAGAUGAGGCCAGCGCCCUGGCCCUGAACCAAAGAGCCCUUGGGUCACCCUGCCCUGCCGGAGGCCAGUAGGGCAGCGUCCCCACUCCUCCCAGCCCACGAGACACUCCGUGUGGCGCCACCUCCUCACGGGGGGCUUUGUGGGGCCUACUACUGAACUCUGGUUUUGACUUUGAAAAACACAGGGACUUGGAGCAAGUGAGGCUCCUAGGACCCCCACCCUCCGGGCAGGCCCUCCACUGCAUCUGUCUCCAGGACAGAUGGACUGAAGGAUGGCGGCCCACACAUCGCUGGGAACCUGCAGCAGGGUCGCUGCAGGCGGGGACAUACGGAAGGUGUGUGAGUGCGCGUGCCUGCGUGUGCGCCUGGCAGUCCCUGUGUCCUCAGCCCGCAGGUGGGCGUCUCUGAGACCUCGCCUGGCCUCCAGCCUCCUGAGCCAUUGUGGAGGUCCAUCAUGAAUGUCUGAGAGUGGCCUUCUCCAGAGCCCGCACCCUGGGGCUGCAGGGGUCAGGGGCCGCCCCAGCCCCGCCCUGCAGCUCGUGACUACUGCACCAGACAGCCUCCGUUUUCUAGAGAUCUAUUUAUAUUGUCAUUUUAUAACACUAGCCCUGCCCCCAACUGGGGACAGACCAUCCUUGUUCUGUGGGGUGGCACAGGGACAGAACCACUGCCUGAAGAUCGGGUUCCUGCCCGCCCUGCCCCGCCAAGUCAGUUUUACAAUUAAAACAUUUUCCUGUUUUGUGGG